UGGUAUUCCGGGCGUGGGUGCGGCCUCACCGCUCUAGAAAAAAAGGGGCGGGCCGAAUUGAAAUAGGCUUUGCCAUGAGCCAGGCCCCUUCCGGUAACUAACUGGGUAGGUGGGACUUCCGGCCAUUCGGGAGCCUGUACAGUGCAGCCCGAAUGGCGACCCCGGAACCCUCCCUGUGGCUGCACAGCCCGCCUGGAGGACCGCCCCCAAUCCCAUUGCCCCCGGCGGACCGCAGUCUUGUGCUGGGUCGGGGACCACUGACCCGAGUCACGGACAGGAAGUGCUCUCGCAGCCAAGUGGAGCUGCGCGUGGAUCCCGAGUCUCAAGUCGUGACGGUGACGCAGCUGGGCGUAAACCCCUCCACUGCGGGGCGCACCCGGCUGAGUCCAGGCUCCAGCGCCCCGCUGGCCGUCGGGGAGACGCUACUGCUGGUGAACGGCCUGUACCCACUGACCCUGCGCCGGACCUCGGGACCCCUGGAGCCCGACCCGCCGUCAUCAUCGCCGCAGGCGGCCCUGCCAGAGACCCCCAGGAAGCGGCCCCGCAGCCCUGACGGCUGGCAGGCGCUUGGGCCCCUGCUGGUGUUCACGGCCCCUGGAGCCCGGGCCCGCGAGAAGGUGGCCUGCUUUGAUCUGGAUGGGACCCUCAUCACCACCCGGUCGGGGAAGGUCUUCCCCACUGGCCCUGAGGACUGGAGGAUUCUAUUCCCGGGGAUCCCCAAGCGGCUUCAGGAGCUGGAGGCCGAUGGCUACAAGCUGGUCAUCUUCACCAACCAGCUUGGCAUCGGCAGAGGGCGGCUGCGACCCCAAGACUUCCAGGCCAAGGUGGAAGCUGUGCUGGAUGCCCUAGGGGUCCACUUCCAGGUGCUGGUGGCCACAAGCUCGGGAAUUUACCGGAAGCCAGUGACUGGCAUGUGGGAUCACUUGUGUGAGCAGGCCAACGAGGGAGUCCCCAUUUCUAUGGCUGACAGCAUCUACGUGGGAGAUGCUGCAGGACGUCCAGCCAACUGGGCUCCAGGCCAGAAAAAGAAGGAUUUCUCUUGUGGGGACCGGCUGUUUGCUCUGAACCUUGGCCUGCGAUUCUCAACUCCUGAAGAGUUUUUCUUGAACUGGGCCCCGGCCCCCUUCACACUCCCAGACUUUGACCCGAGAACUCUGAGCCCCACAGGGCCAAUCUGCCUGCCCCCCACCGGGCCUCUUGUGAGCCAUGGCCCUGAGAUAGUCGUUGCUGUUGGCUUCCCUGCAGCUGGGAAAUCGACUUUUCUCCAGGAACAUUUGGUAUCAGCUGGCUACGUCUAUGCAAACCGGGACACUCUGGGCUCUUGGCAGAAAUGCGUGGCUGUGUGCACAGAGGCCCUGAAGGCCGGGGGCCGUGCUGUGGUGGACAACACUAACCCUGACCCUAUAAGCCGGGCCAGGUAUAUUUCAUGUGCCAAGGACGCCAGGGUCCCCUGUAGAUGUUUCCAUUUCACUGCUUCACUGGAUUUGGCCCGGCACAACAACCGGUUCCGAGAGAUGAUUGGCACCCCACACCCUUCAGUGUCUGACAUGGUCAUGUUCAGCUACAGGAAGCAGUUUGUGGCACCCUCUCUGACGGAGGGCUUCUCACAGAUCCUGGAGAUCCCGUUCCGACCGCGUUUCUCAGACGCCCGGCACGAAACUCUGUACCGCCAGUUCUCAGAGGGUUGAGCCCCCCUUCAGCCUC